ACCUGUACCUUUAUAGACAUAGACCUUUGCCUUGACAUACGAUACAAUGAAUGUUACAAAAUGUUACGACAUUCUUAUUCAAAAUCUGUCAUUCUAGGAUUUACUUCUGGACGUACUAAACGCUGGGUUAAAGGCUGAAGGAAGUUGUCUCACAAAUUGAAGAUGCCACAACCACGACCCCCAGGCUCCUUGAAGGAGCAGUGUGUCCGCAACAUCACAGUCAACAUUGACAGCUUUUGGUGCCAAGACUACAUCAAGAACUGGCUCGAUCAGAGUAAGAGCCUCAUCUUCGUUCUUGGACCGUUUGAGGAUUUGCCGAGUACGUUAAUUGAGUUGAUAAUUGAAGAGCUGAAUGCUUCUGGAAAGCUCAGGAAACACCACCUUCAUCUGCUACUUCUGUACCACCUAGAGCGACUUAAGCUGAGUCGGGAGACCUCGGAGUUCAGCUAUAUCUUGUCCCUCUUGGCUCAACGUUGCAAAAAAUUACGUCAUCUAGGACUAAAGAGUAGGAAUCUACCUCGCAAAAUGGUGAAUGAAAUAUUCAUCAAUUUAGAACUCCUACAGACUGUCGACUUAUCCAUGACCAAUGUUGCUGAUCAGACCCUGAGUGUGAUUGGUGCUUAUUCCAAACACAUAAGAGUUCUUAACUUAGCAGACACAGAUGUGACUGACAUUGGUAUAUCAAGCUUAUGCCACGACCUGAGGGUGUCUCAGAAAACACACAUAUCAAGAUCUUUGCUGAAGAUAGAUCUAUAUGGAACAGUGGUAACUCCUAAAGGGAUUCAGUGUGCCUUGAUUAAUAUGCCCAAUUUAAAGGAGAUUGUGCAUUCUACUGUGUUAUUUUCAGUGUCCAAGCUAGUUGAAAGUAGACAGAGAAUGGCUGAAGAAGCAUCAGUCCUUGGUGGUGUCGUACCAGAGUUGGGGCCCCUGCAGCUACGGGCCCUGCAGAGUGAUGAAUUUGGCAGUGGAGUCUUUGGGGAUUUUGCAGAUGGAGAACACAUUACCUCUGCCUUGAAGGUUUGUCCCUCAGUUCAGUAUCUGUACCUUAGAGAUAUUAGUAAUGUGAAGAGUAACACUUUCUUACCUAUUUUAAAUCUAGAGAAUGUGAUAGAUCUAGUAUUGACAUUGACUGAGGAAGUUCAUGUUGAUUUUUAUAAAGAAAUUAUGCCUCUUCUUCAACGCCAUGGAGAGAGCUUACGACGUCUGCAUUUACAGAAUGUGCAAAAAAUUAAUGUGGAGGUUAUAGGUCAUUUGUGCCCAGAACUGCAUACUCUGGAGCUUGAUGGAAAUAAUACCUACUGCCAUAGUAACCUUGUAUCUAAAGAGUUCAAAAACAAAAAGGUCAAGCCAACUUUCAGUCACCUCAAGAGUGUCAUCUUAAACCGUGUUCCAAAUGACAUUGUGGAAUCUAUAGAGUUCCAAAUCCCAGCAGAGUGCCUAAGAUUAACACUUGGAUCCCCUCUGUUGGAAAAGGUUUCUGUGAUGGGUCAGGAUCUUCUCACCAAUGAAAUUCUUUUAGAUGUCAUGCAUACAACAAAACUUCCUCAUCUUGGUUUUCUUAGUUUUACACUCUGCAAUAGCAUAGACAGUGCACCAAUUUGGACAUUACUUCAUCUGAACAACCCGCUUUCUGAGUUAAAUCUUAUCGAUUGUCAAGAGAUAACAUUUGGUGAUUAUAAUGGGUUCAAGAAAUAUGUGAAGAAGAACAAAUUUGCAUUAAAAAUUUCAUGGGCAUGAUGUGCUUACUGAUGAACAAUACGUGUAAGUGAACAAAAGCUGAAAUUAUGUAUAAAGGAGGCAUCAUACCCUUUCUAUGAAAAUUGUCAAGCGAAAAAAUUGGUAAUAGUAAGGUAAACAGAUUUCAAUAUUCAUUUAUUGGAUCUUAACAUUUUUAUUUAUGAAAAAGAAUUUUAAGAUGUAUUAUAUUGGUAGCAUUUGUGUAAUGAAUCAUUUCUUAUUAGUGUGUAAUGUGACUGUACAAAAUAUUGAUUAAAUUGCAAGGAUAAAUAGAUUUCCUUGCAUUUGUAGUCAUAUAUUCAUGCUCACUAUCAUAUGUCUACUUAUACUCAUAUACUGCCUGCCCCCCCCCCCUCUCUCUCUAUAC